GAGAUGAGCGCCGACGUUGUCGGCGACAUCGAGAGGUCAACCUCGAGCAUUCGUCACGUGGAUCUCCGUUGAUAGGAGUGUCAUCUUACUACGCAACAAUUUCGUUGACUCGUCAAUUAGGCGGCGUUUUACCAAUGAUGGAAAGGACACCAAACAUGUUAUGUCAUCAUCCUGUAUCAUUCUAUGUCACUCGGCAACAUGUGUGACCGGCAAGUUUUUCGCGCCAAUUUCGCAGCCUUUUGAUUAUCCUUCGACAUUCGCAAAUAAAAUAAGUAUCAACGAUAAACGGAUGACUUAAUUAAAAAUGAAAUUUAGAUGCAGAAUGGUGGAUGCGGGUGCCAUGCGAGAUUUUACAAAUAUUGUUAACACUAUAUCUCGAAUGGCCAAAUACUGCGUGCUACAAUUGACACCAGACGAAUUAUGUUUUAAUGUUGGUGACGAACGCAUACCUGUUCUUUGGGCAGUGCUCUCACAGCAGUACUUUUUCAUAGAAUAUAUUAUGAACGGGGUAUCUGAGCAGGAAAAUGAGAUUUACUUGGAAUUCAAUGCUUCCAUGUUUGCUAGAAGCUUAAAUAGUCUAAAAGCAAUGGCGAGAAGUAUGAAAAUUAAAUUGACAAACAAACAGCAACCUUGUCUAACGUUUGAGAUUGAUCUGUCCUCUGUAGCUAGCAUUGAUUCGCGACAAUGUGUGCAUGAUGUUCCGGUGAAAUUAAUACCUCGCAAGGAGUGGCCGGAACACAAAAUGCCAGAUAUUUCUGAAUUUGACAUUUCGUUGGAAAUGCCACAACUCAAGCACUUACGACACAUUGUGGAAAGGAUGAAAAAUAUGAGUUCUCAGCUAACAGUGAUUACUAAUAAAUGUGGUACAUUGAUUAUAAAAAUCACUGUGGAUUACGCUACUGUAUCCAGUCACUUCAAGGAUUUGCAAGUCUGGGAAAGUACAGAGGAACAAGAGGAUAGAGAUAUCUCUGCUACUGUCAGUACCAAGAAACUCGCCACAUUCCUAGGUUGGGACAUUCUUCAUCCGGAUAGCGUUAAGUGUCACUUAUUGCAUGAGAAGAUGAUAAAACUAACUCUAGAUGUAGGAGAUCAUAUUAAGAUGCAUUAUUUUAUGCCAGCUAUUGCUUCUUGAACAGAAAAAAGAAGAUAUUCUAAUGUAUUAGUUAAAUGUAAAAUAUAUGUAUAUUUUUCAUAUUUUUCACAUUCAUACAUCAUAUUCAUUCACACUUGAGACUUUUCAUUAAAUAAUACGCCACU